GCUACCGGCUAACUAUUUCGACGACCCGCAAACCGUGUACGACCGCAGUUACUAUGGCACCAGGAGGUAAAUCCGCAGGCAAGGCCAUGAAGAAGUCCGGCAAGGCGCAGAAAAACAUCACCAAGUCCGACAAGAAGCGCAAGCCGAAGAGGAAAGAAUCGUACGGUAUUUACAUCUACAAGGUGUUGAAACAAGUGCACCCCGACACCGGCGUUUCCUCCAAGGCGAUGAGCAUCAUGAACAGCUUCGUCAACGACAUUUUCGAACGCAUCGCCGCCGAAUCCAGCCGUCUGGCCCACUACAACAAGCGUUCGACCAUCACCAGCCGGGAGAUCCAGACCGCAGUCCGUCUACUGUUGCCCGGUGAAUUGGCCAAGCACGCCGUCAGUGAAGGCACCAAGGCCGUGACCAAGUACACCAGUUCCAAAUGA